UGCAUUAUCCAAACAGCAGGGGCAAGCUUGUCAUUCACUAAACUUAUUUUAGAAAUCCGUCUACUAUCCAAAGCACUCAGAAAAAAACAGCGCAGUAUUAGGCAACAGGAAUCUUUCCAUUAAUAAUGGCAAUAAUAAUUUCUCCAUUCUCAAUCUUACCCUCGCGAUUCCCCCUUUUGUCCUUUCCUUCCUUCUCCUCCAUACUCCCGCCGCCUUCCCUCCGCCGUAGACGGCAGUUUCCCAUCGGCUUUGCCCGCCGGGAACCUCCUUCGGAUCCCGACAUGUCGGUCUCCGUUUCUAUGCCGCCGGCCUCGUCCGCCCGGCGUCAAUCAGAUUCCGAGCUUUAUCUUCUGGAUUCGAGAAAUCGUGUUAGGAAAGGGGAUGCCCCGGGUCCCAAUGAAGAAGACAAUACCUCAAGUAAACCAGCUUCCCGCAAAAGCAGAUAUUCAUUCAAAUCUAUCACCUUUUUCGGAGUUGAGCUGACCCCAGAUAAUAUAGCAGUGGCCAUGGUAUAUUUUGUCCAAGGCGUUUUAGGAAUUUCUAGGUUAGCUGUAAGUUUCUACUUGAAAGAUGAUCUGCAUCUCGAUCCGGCUGAGACAGCUGUUAUAAGUGGUUUCUCGUCAUUGCCAUGGCUUGUUAAACCCCUGUACGGAUUCAUCAGUGAUUCAUUCCCACUUUUUGGGUACCGGAGAAGAUCAUACCUGGUCCUAUCAGGCCUUCUUGGGGCAUUCUCAUGGACUCUUAUGGCCACCUUUGUCGAUAGCAAGUAUGAUACUGCUUUCUGCAUACUUUUGGGGUCCCUGUCUGUUGCCUUUUCAGAUGUUGUAGUUGAUUCCAUGGUGGUGGAGAGGGCUCGUGGUGAGUCUCAAAGCAUGUCAGGGUCUCUUCAAUCCUUGUGCUGGGGCUCUUCAGCUUUUGGUGGGAUUGUCAGUGCGUACUUCAGCGGCUCUCUGGUUGAUGCAUAUGGUGUAAGGUUCGUUUUUGGGGUGACUGCACUGCUUCCUUUGAUAACAUCUGCAGUAGCGGUACUUGUUAAAGAGCAAAGAGUGCCUGGUACAGCUCGUGACCAAAUACUUUCUGUAGGAGGUCCAGGAUUUUUGGAGAGCUCAAGAAGUAGUAUUAUUCAGCUGUGGGGUGCUGUUAAGCAGCCCAAUGUUCUUCUUCCUACACUAUUUAUCUUUCUGUGGCAGGCGACACCACAAUCAGAUUCUGCCAUGUUUUUCUUUACUACAAACAAACUUGGUUUCACUCCAGAAUUCCUUGGACGGGUGAAGCUGGUUACUUCAGUGGCCUCUCUUCUUGGGGUUGGUCUCUAUAAUGGUUUUCUUAAAAAUGUUCCCCUAAGAAAGAUAUUUCUUGCAACUACUAUCAUCGGCUCGGCUCUAGGAAUGACACAGGUUUUGCUUGUCACUGGAUUGAAUAGACAGUUUGGAAUUAGUGAUGAGUGGUUUGCAAUCGGAGAUUCUUUGGUUUUAACAGUUCUUGGCCAGGCGUCUUUUAUGCCUGUUCUUGUAUUAGCUGCAAGAAUAUGUCCAGAAGGCAUGGAAGCUACUCUGUUUGCAACGUUGAUGUCCAUUUCCAAUGGGGGAAGUGUUCUUGGAGGGUUGAUUGGAGCUGGCCUUACCCAGAUUUUUGGUGUCACCAAGGACAGGUUUGACAACUUAGCUUUCCUGAUUGUACUAUGCAACCUCAGCUCUUUACUACCUUUACCACUCCUUGGACUUCUUCCUGGCGAUGAACCAAGUGCCACUGUAAAAGAGACCGGUGAUAUUGAGAUGAAGUCUAACUGAUUCUUACUUCUUGCAACAUCAUAAAACAAACUCAACUUGGAUCAUUAAUUUUUCCACUGAUGCUUCCUUAGUUACUGUCAUAGAGAUCAAGGAAUAGAAUCUCUUAACAGAUAAAGAGAGUAGGUAUAGUGUUGUAGGAAUGUGAAUAGACGACUGGAAAGGAAUGUUUAUACAAUGAACCAUGAAUUUGCACCAGAAGAGGUGCCAUCUGUUAUACCAAAUUACACGGCCAACCAGAAAAUCUGGUGUUUACUUUUCUUCUAUGUGAUUUUGGGUGUCCUACAACUAAAAGAUUCAGGGCUGGGAAGGUCGACACUGUUGUAGUUACAAUAAGAUUAAUCCUUUCUUUGUUAUGAAAGACAUUCGGAAUUUAAUUCCCCGCUCUGUUAGUUGCUUGUGUGCAUCUGGUUCUUGAUGGGGG